AUGAGGUUUAUUACUUGGAAUGUCGAUGGACUCGACAAAGAAGGGCUUUUUGAAAGAACGCUGGAGUUAAUUCCUAUUUUGGCAGACUUUGACGUUAUUUUUCUCCAGGAAGUUACAGAUGAAGUCGAAGAGAUCAUAAAAAGCAACAUGUUCGACUUCUACCACUACUCGGGCAAAUCCAUUCGUGAAUACUUCGUCAUGAUGCUCUUCCGGAAAACCAUUGUCGCCAGCGAGCCAGUUGUUAACUACAAACCAUUCGGUAACUCACAAAUGGGUCGCGGAGUCCUCUUCUCCGGGGUCACUACUAAAUGCGGUCAGGAGAUCUUAUUCAUGACAACUCACUUGGAAAGCAUGAAAGAAUACGGGCAAGCGAGAAUCGAGCAGCUGCAUCAUUGCUUCGAUUUCAUGAACAAAACAAACGCCGAUAAAGUCAUCUUCGGAGGCGAUCUCAAUGCACGGGAUGCUGAAAUCAAAAGCCUUCCAGCUCCAACGUUGGAAAAGUUCAAAGACGCCUGGGAGAGAUGCGGAAAAGACCCGAAUAAGAAGUUUACUUGGGAUCUCUUGAAAAAUGACAACAAAAGUUUCGGCGGUGGAUUCAAGCCAAGAUGCAGCGAUUCACUAACAGUGAGAAAUCUUUAG